UUAUAUGUUGAUGGGAAGUGAGAAGCGAGUGAGAGCGAGCCAGCAGAGACUGUAGUAGACCAGACCCUUCCGAUUCGUAUAGGGGGAAGACAUUUUGAAAGCGCAAGUCGAGAGCCGUCCGUCGAGAAUUUCUUGCUGGCUCGAUGAUUUUCAUUGAUCAUUGCCGUUGUUGGUGAACGAAACAGCCAGAGCCAGUCCAGUCAGUCCGUGCUGACAGUGAGCAGACGAAUACAGAGCGUGUGCGAAGGAGGAGUUGUGCGUUUCGAUCUUCGGUUGGAAUAUUUGUGAAUUUGGGCGAUAUUCCGGAGGAAAAUUACGGUAUUCGCGAGUUGGGUGGAUAUUUUGCGCAUCACUGCAAUCGUUAACCGUCCGAAUGCGGCCGGAUAGGCUUUAGUUGGUGCAGUUCCGAGUGGCCAAAAGUCCAGGCCGUGUCCAGGGCCGAAAAUCCGAGCGUGAAAAUUGUGUGAAAGAUUUACGUUCCUCUCUGUGCUGUGUGCUGUGCUGGUUGGAUCUCCUCUGUGUUGGUAUUUGUGGUUUUUGUGCGGUGGUGCCGUUUCGUUCUGGCGUACGGGACUUGGUCGGGAUCUUUUCUUUCGAUAAGUCGGUUCCUCCGCGCGCGUCCGCCCCCGCGUACGGUUGUGGGCUGUGUGUUAUUUUACUUUUUUCCCAUUCAGUACGGGGCAAAGAAUAGUGUGUGUAUGUAUGUUUAGUGCGUACACGCGUGUGUAGUGGUGCGUGUGCUGGUUGGUGAACAGGGCACAUACGACGAGGCAAGCAAAAUAAUAUACAUCGCAGGUUUUGGAAUUCGAUUUCCGAAUCCAUAAAAAAGAAACGCACAGGAAAAGUGCUUCGUGAUUUGGAAUAGUUUUAGCGAAAAGAUUCCGCCCGAAGUGUAGACCGUGUCAGUGAAUAGCAGCCGUGGAUAGCGCGAAAAGAAUUGCCCAUUUACUGGAGUGUACAGUGAACUGCAUAGGAUAGAUUUAAUUAAUCCUAGGAAGAAAAUCUCAAGGCAGAAGCGCUGUAGUGUUGGUACGUACAGGUGAACGAAGCAGAGAGACGAGGAACCGAUACACGAGAGGGAGUUGCGGCGGUAGCAGGGGCCAGCAAAAAACAGGAUGUAUCUCAGAAGAAUUCACAUAUCGACGAUAGUGUUGGCAUGUUUCAUGCUGACAGCGCCGUGGUCUAGCGCCUUGGCACAGGAUGAACAGAAAUCAAAUAACCGCAACAGUCAGUCGCUGUCGGCAUCGUUCGGUGCGGGUGGUUCCAGUCCGAAUAAUGACAUCUACAUCGACGACGAAGGCCUCGAGGGUUCCGGAAGCAGAGGAGAGAUUCGCGACGAUCUAGAGAAGGAAGACGACGAAUCUUCCGGCUCCGGGUACGGGGACGAUGACGAGGACUCCUCCGCGCGAGGUUCCAGUCGUAGCAACAGCAACACCGGUAUCUCGAACAUAGGCCUAGGCGGUGGCGGCAGCUCAAAGGGCUCCGGCUCCGAAAGCGGCGGAAGCUCAUCCGGCGGUGCAGGUUCCAUCGGCGGCGGCGGCGCCGGAUCAGGUGAUCAUGAGCUCGACGGGCGCGAAGAUGACGAUGAAGAUGAUGAUCUCUACACUGAGACCAAAAAACCGUCCAUUGACCUGGGCCCGACCGACGACGAAGAUACCGUGUCAAUCGACAAGAGCCAGUCGGGUGGCGGUAGCGUAACGCACGGUCACGGUCACGCACCGGACGGAACCGAUCCGGAGAUCUACACGCCGCGCAUCCCGCCAACGGAGGGCGGCCACGAUAGCAACAACCCGUACGGCGGCAGUGGCGUCCUGAUCAUGAACGCCAAGAAUGAGGACAGGACUGCGAGCUUCUUCGCGCAGCCGGGCAUUCUCGCAGCUGUGAUUGGAGGUGCCGUAGUCGGCCUACUCUGCGCCAUCCUGGUCGUGAUGUUCAUCGUGUACCGAAUGCGGAAAAAGGACGAAGGCAGCUACGCCCUGGACGAACCCAAGCGGUCCCCAACGGCCAACACCUACGCCAAGAACGCCAACAAUCGGGAAUUCUACGCCUGAGACUACUCGAUCGACUCCAGUGACGGUGAUUUGUAAGCUGCUGCGCGUUUCGUGUACGAGUAGAAUCGUGUGCAUCGACGUUGCUCUCUCACUCUCUUACACACACACACAAACACAAUCUCCUCAAAAGGCAUCGAAGCAGAGAAAAGAACAGCAUGCUAAUUCUGUCUGAUUUGAGAGCGGUUCACAGCGGGGAUGGCCAUAUCGGUAGAGGAAUUUAAGGCUUAACGAUCGGAAACAACUAGCGAGAGGCGCGUGCGUUAGAAUGUAGAUGAAAUCAAAUAACUCAAAAAAAAACAGAAAGCUGCGGGUAGAUUGCUUUUUAAGACGUUUAAGAACAAAACAAAACUUUCCGAGAGAAUUCUUUAAGGGAAACGUAUUGAAGCUGAGAGUGACGGCGGCAUAUAAAACUACACAAACGGGGCGAGUUACAACCGAACUGUAGAGUCGUGUCGACGGAGAAUUUCAGUGGAGGAUUUUUAACGGUGCGAUAUUCGAUGUUUUAUUGGUAGGCGAUUGAUUGGUUGUUUACUUUUUUGGGAACAGAUAAACAGCGAGAGAGAGCGAGACAGAGGAGGAAACCGCAGUAGGCGCGGGUGCAGUGCACCCAGCGCCUACUCGGGAGCGCGAUUAUAAAUAUUUUUAUUUUACGUUUCGGUUUAUUUUCAAACAAAUACCUUUAGUAGGAAUCGUGGCAACUGUUUUUUUUUCAAUUCUUUUUAGCGAGUAACAUAAAGAUUAAAAGUGUAACGUUGCAGCAUUUAUUACGGAUGGCAGGCAUAUUUACUCAUUCUCAUACGCAGUGGAAUAACGCUGAAGAUUGAAAACAGGCAAAGUUUUAACGUGUAAGGAAAAGGCUAAAAUCGUUUAUAUAGGAGUAAAUAGAUGUUACAUAUUUAUAAUGGAAUGCUUAGCGAUGGAGAAGUGGGAGGCACUAUAGAGAGGAAAUAAAGUUUAUUUUAUUUUUUUUUGAUUCUGGUCGCCUUCUUUUCUGUUCUAGCGUCACGGCAAUUUUAUUUUCGAACAAAAUUUUGAGAAUCACAUAUAGGAAAAUCUAAAACACUGAACUUUUCAUCCGUAUACGGAGGAAAACAAUUGAUACUUUAUUGUUAAAGUAUGGCAAUUAAAAUGCAAAAAAAAAGUAUCGGAGAAAAAUGAGAAAUCUUUGUAUAGGACAAAAGUAUAUAUAAAACUAUUAUUAUUUAUACAAUUACUUAUAACACUUUUUUAACACUCAAUAAGAAACAGUUAAAAUCAGUAAACAGUCUAAUGAAAACGAAAUAGGAUCGGUUCAAAUUAAUCCUGAUAGCAAUAACGCUCGAUCUAGCAGAGUUUUUAUUCGGCUCGUCCUUUUUGUUUAGAACGUGGAAAUCCAGGUUUGAGGAGGAACGAUUUUAGCGAAAUGUGCAACUUAAACACUAACGGUGAAUUGAUCAACAGAUAUUUUUCAGUGUGUCUCAGCUCGGGUAAAAGUGCAAACAAAGCGAAUAAGUUAGGGUGAAUUCGGACAAAAUGGUUUGGAAUACAUUUGCCAAUUCAGCAAAGAUCGGUUACAGUCCUAUGUUGGUUAAAGUUAUGCAACGGAAUUGAGCCAUCUGAGGAAGAUUCAAAUACACUGAACCAAAUAGGCAUGAGGAAUCGUAAGCUGAAAUGGAUUGGAUUUUAAAAAUUCGUACAUUGUAGGUAGACACCAUUCGUCAGCAGAGAACGUGGCGUUUUGAUUUUGGUUGAAUGAGUUAAAAUUGGCACAUUGGAAACAUUCCAAAAGUGAAAAAAACUAACUUUCUCGUAACGAGGCCCACUAGAAUAUCAAUGGUUUAUUCGGAAGAAUUCGUGGGAUUGUUUGAAGGUAUUCGAUAUCCUUUCGAAAAAGGUAUGGGCUGAGAAUCAGUGCAUAAUGACUAGAAAGUUAUAUUUUUUUUAUUUUUGGGAUGUUUUUUCGUCAGUGUGGAAUGGUAAACGAAAUAAGAUUUUGGGUGGCUCUUUCUCAGGAGACAUCGGGCGAUUCGAUGACUUUGAGGAAGACAACUUGUUUUUUAACACUAUUAAGUGAAAGAUGUAUCGAACUGAUAUCACACAUACACACUAGCUUUUUACUAAAUUAUUAACAGAACUAUUGCAAAUAAAACGUAUGUAUAAAUCCAGUGGUCGCAAAAUUUACUAUUAUGAUUAUCAUUGUAAUUAGCAUAGUAAACCAACAAAAAAAAAACAAGAUGUGACGCCAUGGAUCCAACCUAAUGUUCACCCAUCAAAAUAGGCGUGUUCACCAUGCAAGCUCCCAAAAUGAAAACAAGUAUUACCAUAGUAACCAGAUAAAAAAUCUCUCAAUCAGAACGAGAGAGGAUUAUAUUUUUACUUGUUUGAUCAGCCAAACCUUGCACGUGCCCGAGAAUAAGAAAAAAUGUACUCAUAUUUAGGAAAAUCUGUAACCAUGCUCAGUUUUCGUUGUUUUGCCCGUUAUUUAGAUAUCGCUUACAGAUGAGAAAAAGCAAAUGUAUCCUAUAUAUAGAGUAAUAUCAAGCAAACGAACCUAUAUACUGCUGACUAGUAAGAUACGCCGAAAACAAGCCGUAUUUGGAUGGACAAUUUAUCACUCGGAAAUGGAUCACUUACAACUAACAUGUGCUUUGUAUUGCAACUCGCCACAACAAAGAGCAAACCCAACGCCCGCACAGCAGUGCCAUCUAUCGGUGCUGCGGCAGCUUACCGAAGCUACCCGUUACGACAGCUUCUCCCACAGACACGUCCAAUCACAGUAACCUCCAAAAACUCCACUAACCAUCACAUAGAUUCAAGCUGCAAAUCAAACUUAAACCAGUGAUGAAAAUGAUUGCAAAAUAAACAAAAACCAAAAAACUAACCCCUCUCAAACUAACGCACUAAUAGGAUGAGUAAACGACGAUUCUAAGGCCUAAAGCUGAACUCCCACAAACUGAGGAAAUGCAACCUCCAAUGUUCUUUCCUAUUUCUUUCAAAAUUCACUUUUUACGUUGACACAUCUCCCUUUCCUUGAUAUAAUUUCAUGCGCUAACUAGAGACUGAUUGUAGGAAAAGGAUAAUUCGAAAGAAAAUCUUUAAUUUAAUAUUAAUCCCUUCCCUCUCGAUUUAUUAUUUUUGUGCCAUUGGGAAAGAUUUAAGUUUAGCUGGUAACACUUCCCUCUUCCUUCCGCCACAGCAAGCGGCGAACGCAAAAUCGCCAACAACAUCCCAACAGCUUGGAAUCUCCCGGUAGCAACAGCAAAACAAAGAAGUUCAUAGAAUUAUUGCAUUUAUUAUUUUCGCAUCGCUUCAAAAUCAGCAAACGAAACAAAUCAGAGCCGCGAGAAAAAAUAAAAACAUUCCGAACGAAGGUGAAUGAAUACAUUUUCAAAACUCUUUCUCAAAUUCAGUUUCCACUCACUAACUCGACUCAUUUUCCAAACUGCAGCUAUCAUUUCUCUUCUCAGUGUUUGGAAAGAUUUCGAUAGAAUUAUAGACAAGAAAUUUAUUGGAAAAAAUCUAAAAUGCAAAAGUGCGCUCAUGCCGCACCCGGAACUACUAGCAACCCUAUCAGAAGUGCGGUAUAAAUUGUAAAAGCAAAACAAUAAAUAGAUACACAGAGAGUAUAUCGAAUAGGCGAACAAAAGAUCGGAAUGAUCGGAAACAAGAAGAAACAAAAUAAAAAUACAAGAAUUGUAUCGAAUGUAUUAAGAUAGUUCAGAAGAGGAAAACUCGAUAAUUGAAGAGAGGAUAAUUAUUGCAAAUCAGAAGAGGAAAGAUGCAAAACAGAAAUCAUUAGAAAUAUUAUCUAAAGAAUAAGUUUAAUAUACAAGAAAGAAAAACAAACAGUUACAUCACAGAAAUACGGACACAGAUACUGAAGACUCACAGACCGAAAUAUGAACGAGAAGAAACAGAACAUUGGACGCCGACGAACACACAGACACACAUAUGUAAGGGACAAAUGUAAAUAAAGAAGUCUUUACAGUGUAAUAAAAAAA